UCAUUUGCAUAAUGAGAAUAAAAACCUGUUCAUAAAACAGACUGCGUCGAUACUUCUACACUAUCUCGAGCCAAGAACAGCGUUGUUUUUGUCGUUUAUCCUUCUUAGAAUUGCAGAAAGAAGACACGCAAACUGAUCAAAAUGCCUGACGGAAAGGACACAGCACCAAAGAAUCCAAUGACAAAGGAAGAUUCCUCACGAAUCCAGUCCACCCAACCCAACCCCACAGAAAAGGGAUCGUUUGCAGCUAGAGCUCAGGCCGCCGCUGACAAACGUGAUAAUGCCAAAAACUAAUGGAGCUUUGCACAACAAAACUAAAUUCUUUAUAUUGUAAUAAGCACUGUAGUUUGUCAUGUAAUUUAACAAUUAAUAUCAUGUAAAACUGUCCGAAUUUAUGUAAAAUUGGUUUACUCAAGUCGUAACAUUACACAUAGCUAACAGAACUUCAAGCCUAUUAUUUCUCUUUUAGAAAACUUUUAAGAAACUUUUUUCAAAGGUCCACUUCCAUCCAAGAACCCUUGCUAUCGUUUUCUUGUUUCAUUUGGAAAAAUCUGUUACUGAGAGCAGAGUUAGUAACUCUGCUGAGAGUUACUUCUUUAAUUAGAUGAUGAUCCACUGAAAAUGAACUGAAAAUGAGGAUUAAACCUGAUCAUCCAUACAUUAUCCAAAUUGCGUGGCCUUGAAAGAAUUGUAAUUCAAAUAGCUUCAUGAACUAUGGCAAAAACUCGACUUGAGAGCUGUACGAUUKGACUGUGUUUUAUAUGCUUGCGAAAUUGGGUUCCCUGUGGUAAUCCUCCUGCGACUGGUGAUACAACACUGUCCUUUCUUGCCCACAACUAAUCGGGAAGACGUAUUCAUCUCUUCUGAUUUUUAUGUAUUUUUCAUGAAAAUAAAGGAAAAAAGAAAAACGAACAUAUAAUCGUUUGGAUACCUGUACAUGAACACAGGAAGCCCAAAAUAUAAAAACAGAGAAUACUGGUCAGCGGAUUGAUACUAUAAACAUGGCGGCGCACGUGUGUGUAUGAUUACUGUAUUUUAGAAGAGAAUUUUAGAUUAUACAAUGCUCAAAUCGAAAACAUUUGUCAAGAAAACCCGAAAGGGGAACGUAAUGAAAGUUGUACGAGAACAUUACCUCCGAGAUGACGUUUGGUGUGGCGCAAGUCAUUGCAAAAAUUGUGAUGUUAGUUCAAAUAGCAUCUUGGACAGUUGUCCUGUCUCGCUUUCUGUAKAUCUUUGUGUCUACCCACACUAUCUUCUUCCUGAUACUAAUGUUGUUAUACAUCAGAUAGAUGUUCUUGAGGAUCCAGUUUUUAAAAAUGUUAUUUUAUUGCAAACARUACUUGAAGAGGUUAAGCAUUUGAAUAUUGGUGUUUAUAAACGAAUACGAAGCAUUAUAUCAGACCCAGAAAGGAAAUUUUAUGUAUUUUCAAAUGAGCAUCACAGGCAAACAUAUGUAGAAAGAGAAAAAGAUGAAUCAAGUAAUGAUCGCAAUGAUAGAGCAAUAAGAUAUGCUGCCAGUUGGUAUAAUAAACAUUUGCAAGAAUGUGAAGGCAAAGAUGAGGAAAAAGUGAAUGUCAUUCUCCUAACAAAUGACAGAGGAAAUAGGGAAAAGGCUGUUGCUGAAGGAAUUGAAGUCUACACAAUUCAUGAAUAUGUCAAAAGUCUGGAUGGCUGUAUCGACCUUGUUGAACGACUAGCAAAUCUGGACAAGCAGGAAAAGCAGGCUGUCGAUGGUAAAAGAAAGACUGUUUUAUAUCCUGAGCAUCUGCCUUUGACUCAAAUUCAAGCUGGUAUCAAGUCAGGCAGAUAUCAACAGGGUGUUAUUCACGGAAGCAGAGAAAACUACCUUGAAGCUGUUGUGUACCUAAGGGACAAUGAACAAGAGAUAUUCAUCCAAGGUCUUGAGAAUUUGAAUCGAGCUGUACACAAAGAUCUAGUCGCAGUGGAGAUUUUACCCAAGGAAAAGUGGUCAAGACCAUCUUCCAUGGUAUUAGAAGAUGCUGCACAAAAUGAUGAAGAAGACAACAUAGAAGAGGAUGACCUGAAGAAAAACAGUAGAGCGAGCAGAACAAAAACAGGGAAGAUUGUUGGUAUAAUCAAAAGAAACUGGAGGCCAUAUUGUGGUAUYAUUAAUCCAGCAGGGAACUCUCAGAGUAAUCAUCAGCUAUUUAUAGCAGCAGAGAAAMGAAUACCAAGAAUCAGAAUAGAAACACGACAAGCCGAAGCACUCAAAAAUCAACGAAUAAUCGUCAGUAUCGACUCAUGGCCGAGGACAUCACGAUACCCACUGGGCCAUUUUGUACGCAGACUAGGAGAUAUUGGUGACAAAGCAACUGAGAAUGAACUUCUUCUACUUGAACAUGAAGUACCACACUUGCCGUUUUCUGCUGCUGUUCAAAAAGACUUACCCAGCAUGCCUUGGGAGAUACAGCAGGAGGACAUCGAUUGCCGUCUUGACCUUCGUGAUCUGGCAAUAUGUAGUGUUGAUCCUCCUGGCUGUACUGACAUAGAUGAUGCUUUGCACUGGAAGUGUCUCGACAAUGGCAACUAUCAGGUCGGUGUCCAUAUAGCUGACGUUACACAUUUUAUACGGCCUGGUACCGCAMUUGAUGAUGAGGCAGCUGAUCGAGGAACAACAGUCUACCUUACAGACCAGCGAAUUGACAUGGUUCCUGGACUGCUGAGCUCCAACCUUUGCUCACUGCGAUCUAAUGUAGACAGGUUGGCUUUCUCUUGUAUAUGGGAAGUCACUCCAGACGCGAAAAUUGUUGAUACAAAAUUCACGAAAAGUAUCAUUUGCUCAAAGGCAUCGUUGACCUACGCUGAAGCUCAAAUGCGAAUCGACGACUUAUCGCAGAACGAUGAAGUCACGAUUAGUCUGCGGCACUUGAAUGAACUGGCAAAGAUACUGAAGAAAGGACGUAUCGAUAAGGGAGCUUUAAGUCUGGCGUCCACUGAAGUACGAUUCCACAUCGAUAGUGAAACCCACGAUCCUAUUGAUGUAGAAACAAAACAGCUCAGGGAUACAAACUCCAUGGUCGAAGAGUUUAUGUUGCUAGCAAACAUCUCAGUCGCCAAAAAGAUCUAUGAACACUUUCCAGAGUUUGCAGUGCUGCGACGGCAUCCUGCACCACCGCCAUCWAACUACAAUAUACUAGUCAAGGCAGCGCAAUCCAAGGGGAUUGAAAUGAAAACAGACACAGCGAAAGAUUUGGCCGUUUCGCUAGACAAUGCAGUCUUACCUGACGAGCCGUACUUUAACACAAUGUUACGUAUCUUAACAACACGGUGCAUGAUGGAAGCGGUUUACUUCUGUUCAGGCAUGCUCCCUGAGGACCAGUACUGCCAUUAUGGUCUAGCUUCACCAAUUUAUACACACUUUACGUCACCUAUAAGAAGAUAUUCAGACGUGUUAGUUCAUCGACUGUUAGCUGUUGCCAUAGGAGCGAUGACGUCUUAUCCUGAUUUGYUGAAUAAAGAAAAAGUGCAGAAACAAUGUAACCAUCUCAAUCAUCGUCACAAAAUGGCGCAGUACGCAGGACGAAGCUCCGUGGAUCUCCACACACAGCCUAUCGGAUACAGGCCCACCAUCGAUGUCACCCCUCACGGCUAUGAAAUGAAGUUUUCAAAUGAGUCAGCUUCCAGGAAUCUUGUUCCUGCUGUUCCUGGACAAAUUGUAGAGUGA